AUGCCGCCCCCGGGGCGCGCAACGUCAAAGAAGGGGGGUCUGAGCGCAGGGACGCAGGAGUUCUUAGCAGAGGUGCUCAACGAGACGGGGGCGUCGCGGCGACUGCGGAGCGAGGUGCUUACGGGCGCCAAGCAAGGCACGGACUGGGUGGGCGCGCUCAGCACGCGCACGCCGAACCGGCACGUGUCCUCGACGAUGCGGCAGUCCGAGACGCUCCGGAAACAGACGAUACAGAAGCACCAGCCCCGGAUGAUGCACGUCGGGGCCGCAAAGCCCGGGAAGAAGAUGGCAGACACAAUCUUCGAGGAGACUGGACGAUACGAGCGGGAGAAGUUCACGGGCGGGGGGCCGGUGGUGGACCGGGAGGCGGAGAAGGACCGGCUGGCGCUGGCGAACGAGGUCGGGCGGAAGGAGGCCGCGCGGAUCCGGAACGCGCAGCUCGCGAAGCAGCGCGCCCCGCCGCCCGCCGCGUGCGCGCCAUCGCCCCCGCGUGACCCGCGCGAGCUCCUGAUCGACCAGCUGGUGGACGAGGUGCGGGAGCGGCGGGAGUGGCUCGAGGACAUGCGGGCGCGCGGGCUCUCCGCGCCGUACGAGGAGGAGACCACGAAGGAGAUCCGGGAACGCCUGUCGCGGCUCAGGACCCUGGGGUACUGA